UGAACAACCGAAUAGCCGAGAAAAGUCACAUUUUGUAAAUGCAUGUUUUUUUUCCUUUUCGGCUUUAAAUGUGAUUUCGUGAAUUUAAAACCAUUCACAUGGAUUAAGAGGAUUUAGCAAAAUUAACAACGAGAGGAAGAGAGAUGGCAAAUAAUUUAGGACUUGUGAUUUUGCUUCUAGUAAUUGUGCUGGUCUCAUGCUCUAAGUCUAGCGACUGUGCUCUUGCGUCUCCACAAAAGUCACGUCCAUCAUCAGAGUGGAGAAGGAAGUUAAUACCAGUACGGUCAUCAAGAAGUCCACGAAGUCCUUCAUUUGCGCCAAAAAAACCGCCGCCACCGCCACCUUCACCGCCUCUGUCACCAUCAUCACCACCAUCAAAUUAAUAAUUGCCAUAUUGAUACUUUCAUAUAGACCGAAUAUGGAUUCUUAGGUUCGUACAUGAUAAUAACAAAAUUAAUCGUUCUUAUUAAGAAAAUGAAUUGAUACAAUAAAACUAUUGUAAAAUGAUUUGUGAAGAAUGCCAUAUUGCCACUCUAUAUAACUGUUUUGU